AUGAAGCCUGCAGCCGCUCCUCUUCUCACAGUGGCCACGCUGGCAGCGGCCAAGAGGAAUUGCAGUGUUGAGAGCAUCGCCCCGUUCUUCCCCAAGAAUUCUACUGUUUUCUAUGCCGAUCAUUAUGUUAAGGGGGCCAAUUUCACUCCUCCCAUUGAGCUCAACUAUGGGCUGACAUUCCUCCCUACGGGCAAUAACCCUUACGAGGUCUCUGUCGACAGCUGUGUUGCUCAGGCCAACAUCACUUUGCCCAACAACACCCAGCACAGUGUGGGCAUCGUGCUCCCUGACGACUGGAACGGUCGGUUCAUGGCUGUUGGCAACGGCGAAUUUUCUGGGUCGGUUGGCUGGUCCUCCAUCAUGAACACGGCAUGGUAUGGCUUCGCCAGUAUCUCCACCGACACCGGCCACGAGGGCAAUAACGGCAGUUUCGGGUACCAUAACGAAGCUGCCCUCGCCAACUGGGGCUACCGUGCUCUCCACGACGCUGUGGUCAAUGGAAAGAAAGUGACGGAGGGAUACUACGGCCACAACAUCACAUACAGCUACUACCGUGGAUGCUCCGCUGGUGGCAAGCAGGGCCUGAAGGAGGUUGAGAUGUUUCCCGACGAUUUUGACGGAGUCAUCGCGGGAGCGCCAGCUUGGUGGACCACUCACCAACAGCUAUGGAAUGUACUUACAGCCAUCUGGAAUCUACCGGAGACCGCAGAUCACCAUGUUACGGAUGCCCAGAUGACAGCGGUGCAGGAUGAGAUCCUGAAGCAGUGUGACCCUCAGGACGGGCUGAAGGAUAGCAUCCUCCAGAACCCGUUCGGCUGUGUCUUCGAUCCUGUCCCGGUGAUGUGCAACGCCACCUCAUCCAACGAUACCUGCCUGACGCCUGCUCAACUCACGACUGUCAACAAGCUGUUCAACCCCUGGGUCGAAGCCAACGACACCUUCAUUUUCCCCGGCUACACGCUCGGCACAGAGGUUGGCGCCCCAAUCCUGGACGACGAUUUCCUCACGUACAUCCAGUACAUGCUCCAGAUCGGAGGAGACUGGACAUGGGAGGACUGGAACCCGGACCUCGUGCCUUUGUCCGAGAAAUUGAACCCGGGUAACGCGACCGCCGACGACUUCGACAUCUCCCAGUUCUACAAGAAGGGUGGCAAGCUCCUGCAUUACCACGGCUACUCCGAUCCCUCGAUCGCGUCCAAGUCCUCAUUGUACUUCUACAACCAUGUGCACGAGGCUCUCCGGCCGCAGGGCAUUCCGAUCGACGACUUCUACCGCUUCUUCUUUGUUCCGGGCAUGGAGCACUGCACCAGCACUCCCAGCGACCAGAACGCCCCUUUCUACAUGAACGGAGACAGCCAGGCCGGCUCGCUGUCCGGGACAGUCUACGGCGUGCCCGGCUUCAACGACAGCAAGCACGACCUGAUCCUCGCCAUGGUGGACUGGGUUGAGAACGACCGCGCUCCGGAGUACCUGAUCCCGACCAAGUAUAAAAACGAUGAUGUCGCCGAUGGUGUGGAUAAGCAGCGGCCGAUCUGCCCUUGGCCCAGCCUGGCCAAGUACAAGGGCAAGGGCGAUGUUGACCAGGCCGAGAGCUGGGAGUGCGGUACUUUGUACUGA